AUGUCAUACAACGGUUAUGUCCCACCAAAUGAAGAUACUCCUAUACCUGACGGAAUGAGCAUUUUACCAGGAAAUAAAGACGAUGAUGUUCCUCCAAAUGUUACUUAUACUGUUGGACCAAUAAUAAAUGAUGAUCAUUUCCAAAUGAACUUAGGAGGAGUAGUUCCAUCUUCUUGGUCACUUAAUCAAAUAGCUCAUUACAUUAAAUUUGCAGGACCUGAUGAUAGUGUUUUUGCUGAAAAGGCAAAAGACCUCUUACGUGAAAAAGGAUAUCAAAUAUAA